GUGAAUCUCGCUUGCAUCAGCAGCAAGCCAGAGCGAUGCAGUAUGAUAGCGCUGUCACAGACUUUUCACCUCUCUCCCAGAACUUCCAUCCUUCAUCCACCUUCAUUUGUCUGCGGCCUAAUCCUAGUCAGAGACAUAUACGAGAAACGAGAUGAACAGCCUCCUUGGCCUCAGUGCUGCUGACCGUUGCCCCUAUCCGGUUUCGCCUCAGACGAGACGGCUGAUCGGUCCAUCGUCACUCACGAGCAAGUCAAGCCACCCACGAAUGUCCACGGGCAAUAGCACAAACGCCGCAGUAUCAGCCAAACCUUGUCGGCACGGGAAACAGCUUCCCCAGGGUCACACAGCUGGUUCUUCAUACCAGUGGUACUGCCUGGCCCCUCACUCUCUUGCCGUUCGGUGAGACCCGCGAUACCAGUUACGAGGUGCGUCCCUCUCAGCCAGCUUGUUGUCCUCCGGAUGAAACCUCCCGACCGCGUCGUCUAGAU